CUGGUGACUCAGUCGGACUAUUUAUACAACUCUUUACGCCUUCGUCCUUUGUUUUGAAUUAUUUGGAACACGAGCAAGCAAUACCAGGGAAAAUGGUUUUGAGUUUGUUGACAAAAUUUCAACACUAUGUCCGGAAUAGGAAAUUCCUUACAGUCCUUAUGCGACUUUUCCAGCUGUUGAUCAUACCUCGCAUUAUGGCUACUGUCGUAUUUAUAAUUUAUGAUAUGCGUUGCAUGAUUCGCGAGAAGACGUCCGUCCUUAAUUGUUCACAGAAUCAUAAGUUUGGUGAUGCGUUAAUAUGGAUCGGAGCGUGGCUUUUGAUGUCCAUCCUGUCAUCGCUGAUGCUUAUCAUUGUGUUUAUAUUCGAUGAUGAUUUUGAAAUUGAAAAGGAAAAAUGCAAAAAUAUCUAUAAGAAAGUUUGUGUUGUGAAUUUUGUACCUCGGGUUAUGCCACAAACCAAAGAAGUAAAGAAGAUAGAGAGAAGGAAGAAUUUGGUUUUGCCACAAACCGAAGGGAGUAAAGAAGGUGGGGAGAAGGGAAGCAGAUGGAGCAAAUGAAAAUGGUGGAAAAAGUAAAGCAGAUUGGAAAAAUGGAGAAAGUGAAGUAGGUGCAGCAAAUGGAGCAAGUGAAGAUGGUAUAGCAUGUGGUGAAGG